UGAACAGCAGUCUGCUGUUCUGUCUGCAGCUGCUGUUAAGGGCUAUGUUUUGAGCAAACGGGUCUUUAAAUUAAUCUCCUAAACGCGAUAACGUAAGUUCAGAGGCAUGUGAGAGAUAAGCAUGAAUAUAAUUUCGAUUUUUUUGUCUAACGUUACUGUAACAUAUUAAUACAGUCGUUUAUCGACACAUUUCAGUAGUCACUUUCUUCAGCACCGCCCUGUGAGUAAAAUUACUGCAGUGUUCCUAUGACAGAAUGUGUCCUUUAGAUUUGUGGUUUACAAUCAUUUAUUAAAAUAUUUGGUAUUUUCAUGACUUCACGGCUGAUUUUUCAGUCGAUUCACGUUCAAAGGUCACUGCAUUAUUACAGCUUGUCAUACAACACGUGUGUUUUGUGGGAAUAUUUUUUAGAUAAAAGUAUGAUUUAAAUAUCAAUAUAAUCAAUAAGUGUUUUCUUUCAUUUGUUUCAUUAAGCUGUGUGUUUUUGUCAUGUGCUUUCUAUUUCACUCAGUGGAAAGUUACUGUGGCAAACAAAGAAAACAGAGAAAGUUGGGGGUUGGAGUCAUAAAUUAUCUAGAUUAACACACACACAUAUAAAGAGUCACAAAGAAAAAUAAAUGUUAUGAAUCAAUCCACUGCAUAUGUUCUAAGUAUAAUCAUGAGUUGUGAUGUGUUUUAAUGAAUCAUAGGAUUAAGAAACAACGCUAUAUAAUUAAAAACAUUAGAUGAUUGAGUGUUUUCUUUUUACUAAAAGAAUGUUAAGAAUGUUGGUAUGUUGUCCGGCCACAGGGAACUGUUUUUAGGAGACCGCUCCCCAAAAAGAAACUGUCCUGGAGAACAUUCCUCAGGACUGGCGAUUGACCACAGGAUAUACGUUUUGAAAUGUUAUUUUACAGGAACUAAGAAAAAGGACUUCACGGUGAUUGGUGGAAAGGGAGCAAAAAGCAGAGGAGGAGUCAGAAGAUACGAGCGACGUCACAUACUUUAUAAAUAUGGGUGUUUUGAAUAUUUUGGGUUGUUGUUGGCUGUUGGAGAGAGUGUGGAGAGCAACUGACAACCCAAAGCUUUGUUACUCUUUGAAAUCUGAUUAAUAAACUUCAGUUUUGAACUUAAAAGUUUCUCUUCGAAUUUUGAACAUGCAGGACAGCCUCUAAAGUCCAACAGUUUCCAGGAAUGAUUGACAGCAUGGCGUCUCAAAACUCCCCAGAAUCCCAACCUACUAAAACAUCAUUAUUUAAACAACAGAAGGAUGGUACCACAUUCAGAAUUCCAGCUCUCAUCUACAUAAGUGAUGCUCACACGUUUCUCGCCUUUGCUGAAGAGCGCAGCACACCACGUGACAGUGAUGCAAAAUUGUUGGUCAUGAGGAGGGGAUCACUUCAUAAUGGAUCCAUCCAGUGGUCUCCUGCUCAAACACUGUCUUCGGCCUGUUUACCGGACCAUCGCACUAUGAAUCCUUGCCCAGUCUAUGAGAAAAAAUCCAAAACAAUUUUUCUCUUCUUUAUCUGCAUAUUGGGUCAUACUACCGAGCACAGCCAGAUUGCUACAGGUAAGAAUCGAGCCCGUCUGUGUUAUGUCACUAGUAUGGACUAUGGCCAGAACUGGAGCGAGACGAAAGAUUUAACAGACAGUGUGAUCGGAGAUAAGAUCAGCCAUUGGGCUACUUUUGCAGUUGGACCAGGACAUGGCAUUCAGAUGAAAACUGGAAAAUUAAUCAUCCCUGCUUAUGUUUAUUAUUUUCAUCGCAGAUGUUUCCCAUUCCGUUUUCCACUUUCUGUAAGGCCUCAUGCUUUAUCAUUCUACAGUGAUGACUGUGGUACCACCUGGAAUAUAGGGGGGGAAAUCCUGAUGAAGUCUUGUGAGUGUGAGAUGGCGGAGAUCAUAGACCAUGAUGAAAAGAGACAUUUGUACUGUAAUGCCCGUAGUACACAGGGCCACAGAGUAGAGGCUUUAAGCAAGAGCGAUGGGGCAGCUUUCGACAAACCGCAUUUUGCACAGAAACUUGUGGAGCCCGGACACGGUUGCCAAGGUAGCGUGUUGAGCUUCCCUGUGCCAAAGCCAUCAGACGACGAGGACGAGAAACAAAACGAUCCCUCAGCACAAUUAGACCCAAAGACAUGGUUACUCUAUUCCCAUCCAACUAAUAAAAAGAAGAGGAAGGAUCUUGGAGUUUAUUUGAAUAAAUCACCUUUAAAUGCUUCUGGAUGGAGUCGGCCCUGGAUCAUCAACAGGGGUCCCAGCGGAUACUCAGACUUGACUCAGUACGAGCAGAACUUUGCUUGCCUCAUGGAGUGUGGAGAGAAGAGUGAGCUUGAGGAGAUAGCCUUUGUUGAAUUUAAACUCGGUGAUGUCAUGCACGCUUGUGAUGUGUGAUGAAGCAAACUAGUUUUAUUUAGAGUUGUUUUGGGCAUGUUUUUUAAUGUCAAACAAGUGAAAAGUCUCACCUAUGUUGAUACUGAUAGAGCCUAAGCUGUAACCUGUAGUUAUUUAUUGAAGGAAAACAAUUAUUAAAGGGACAGUUCACCCAAAAUUAAAAAUUCUGUCAUCAUUUACUCACCUUCGAGUUCCAAAUCUGUAUACAUUUCUUUGUUCUGAAGAACACAGAGAAAGAUAUUUGGAAGAAUGCAUAUAACCGAACAGUUCUUGGACCCCAUUAACUACCAUUACAGAAAAAAAAUACUUUAUACAUUUUUUGUUCUGUUGAACACAAAAGAAGAUAUUUUAAAGAUUGUAUGAAAGCAAACAGUUCUGGGGCACUUUUGACUACCUUUGUAAUUUUUCCUACUAUGGUAGUCAACGGGGUCCAACUGGUAGUUGAGGAGAGACCCCCCUCAUAUGAUUGUAAAGCGCUUUGGGUGUACAGCAAUACACAAUUAAGCGCUAUAUAAAUGCUUCAUUCAUUCAACUUUUUGGUUCCAAGCAUUCGUCCAAAUAUCUUUCUCUGUGUUUAACCAAUCAAAUACAUUUAUACAAGGUUGUAACAACUAGAGAAUGUAUUUCAUUUUUGGGUGAACUAUCCCUUUAAGAACCAUUUAUGGGUUUGAUCACACUUACCAAACAUGCAGAGCCAUUGAGAGAGAGAGAGUUGCGUCAACUCCGUUGACUCCAAUAGAACCGUUUUUUUUUCACAGCAAUGGCAGUUCAUGGAGGCUCUGAAUAGUUCCCAGAAGUUACUAGUAAUGCAUGGAGCUGCGGCUAAACAGACCAACUGAGGUAAACGUUUAACCCAUUUAUAGAUGUAAGUCAUUUAAUAAAUCAAAAAAUGAAAGAAAUAAAGCAUUUAAAGAGAAAACAUAACUUCCUGGAACAAUCUGAAGGCUCCAUGAAUCACAAGACACGCGAAAAUGUUGAACUUCCGUUGGCGCAACUCUCUCAAUGAUUGUGUCUGCAAAAAUGUAUAAGUUGAAUGCACUAUAUAGCUGUGGAUAAAGGCAUGUGCCAAAUGUGCAUAGUUUAAAAAAAACUGGUUUAGCUAUUGGGGAAUGUGGACUGAUUUAGUAUGUGUUAUCCAGCAAAAGAAUGCCAUACAUUUUGUCUAAAUUGGUGACAAUAAAAUUUCAGUAAAGAUUAA